AUGAAAUCUAAAGACAUAAUUCUAGGCAUUCUCUUGUUCUCCCAGACAGGAAUUGGAAUUUUGGGGAAUUCCUUCCUUAUUUGUCUCUUCAUCUUUGUGUUUCUCAGUGGACAUAGGAUGAGACCUAUAGACACUAUUGUCACUCAGUUGGCCUUGGUCAACUGCUUGGUGCUUCUCUCAAAGGGCAUCCCUCAGACAAUGACAGCUUUGGGUCUGAUGAAUUUCCUAGAUGAAAUUGGCUGUAAAAUUAUUUUCUACUUUCACAAAGUAGCUCGGGACCUUUCACUCAGCAUGACCUGCUUCCUGAGUGGCUUUCAGGCCAUCACCAUCAGCCCCAACAACUCCAAUUGGGUAGAGCUUAAAACCAGAGCCCAAAAAUACCUCAUUCCUUCUAGUCUCUUCUGUUGGAUUGUUCAUCUGCUUUUUUCCAGCUAUAUUCCUUGGGGAAUUAAUGGACCAAAGCAAAACAGAAACAUCACUGAGAUACAGCAUCAUGGAUAUUGUUCUCAUAAAAUUCCUUCUGGAUUUCAUGCCUCAUUAGUUGCAACCUUUCUCUCUUUUCUUGAUGCUAUGUAUUUGGGACUCAUGGUCUCUGCCAGUGGCCACAUGGUAAUUCUUCUGUAUAGGCAUCAAAAGCAAAUCAAGCAAAUUCACAUUACCUGCCUCUCCCCUAGAACCUCCCCUGAAUCCAGGGCCACCAAAACUAUCCUACUCCUAGUGAGCACCUUUAUUUCCUCUUACUUACUCAAUUGCAUCUUGGCAGUGUAUAUGUCGGUUAUAAAGUCCCCACUCUGGUUGAUGCAUACCUCUGCUUUCCUUGGUUCAUGUUUCCCAGCUAUCAGCCCCUAUGUGCUGAUCAGCAGUGACUCACAAGUUCCCAGGUACUUCUAUGCUCUUUGGGGGAGGAAAACCCCACAUUUUGACCCUGACAACAGAUUAAUAUACUCUACACAGGAUGACUUUCUGAAAGCUUCAUUUAAACUUAUCCUGGUGUAA